CGGAAGUACGAGCCGGAAGCCCGCCAUAGAGUGUAGUGGCCAGAGCGACUCUGCGGGGAGGUGGCAGGAAAGGCUUGGAACAGCUGCCGGAGGUGACGGAGUGGCUGCCCCGCCCGGUGUGCUGGAAGACGAAGCUUCCAGGUAGCGGCCCGCAGAGUCUGACCCAGGGUACGACGGGGCAGUCGGCGUGAGCCCGCGGUCCCUGGGCGGCCUCUUUAAGGGAGGGGGCGGAGCCACGUGGAAGGAUCGUGAGGCUCCAGAUAUCCUGAGCCCAGGCCCUCCCAGCUCAGUGCAGCCAUGAGUGCCGAGGUGAAGGUGACAGGGCAGAACCAGGAGCAAUUUCUGCUCUUGGCCAAGUCGGCCAAGGGGGCAGCGCUGGCCACACUCAUCCACCAGGUGCUGGAGGCUCCUGGUGUCUACGUGUUUGGGGAACUGCUGGAUAUGCCUAAUGUUAGAGAGCUAGCUGAGAGUGAUUUCGCUUCCACAUUCCGGCUACUCACUGUGUUCGCCUAUGGGACAUAUGCUGAUUACUUAGCUGAAGCCCGGAAUCUUCCCCCACUCACAGAGGCUCAGAAGAAUAAGCUUCGCCACCUAUCAGUUGUCACCUUGGCUGCUAAAGUCAAGCCUGACCUCCUUGGGCCCCAGUGUAUCCCAUACGCAGUGUUGCUGGAGGCCCUUGCCCUGCGUAAUGUGCGGCAGCUGGAAGACCUCGUCAUUGAGGCGGUGUACGCCGAUGUGCUCCGCGGCUCUCUGGACCAGCGCAACCAGCGGCUGGAGGUUGACUACAGCAUCGGGCGGGACAUCCAGCGCCAGGACCUCAGUGCCAUCACUCGGACCUUGCAGGAAUGGUGUGUGGGCUGUGAGGUGGUGCUGUCAGGCAUUGAGGAGCAGGUGAGCCGUGCCAACCAGCACAAAGAACAGCAGCUUGGCCUGAAGCAGCAGAUCGAGAGUGAGGUCGCCAAUCUGAAAAAAACCAUUAAAGUUACAACAGCCGCAGCUGCCGCGGCUACAUCUCAGGACCCUGAGCAGCACCUGACUGAGCUGAGGGAACCUGCCCCUGGCACCAACCAGCGCCAGCCCAGCAAGAAAGCCUCAAAGGGCAAGGGCCCCAGGCGGUACCAUGGUGGUGUAGGUACAGCAGCAAAAUGACAGCAGUAGUGGCUGGGCAGGCACUGAAAACUGGAGGAGGAGGAUUCCCUUACUACAGGACCUGUGGUCCCAAAAGUGUGAGGCCAAUCUCUUUGCUUUUUUUCUUUGUUCUGUUGAUGUUUAGCUCAGACACAUAAUGGGAAAUACUCAGCAGAGUAGAGAAACUAAAGCCCCCCCCCCCCUCUUUUGCCAGAGGAUUGGGAAAGGAAGACCCAGAGAAUCAAAGUGUCAGGACGAUCACAGAGAGGAGGGAAACUGAGAGUCCUGUAGAGUUGUGUGUGAACUCCUGGGCUCACUGCAAAGCUGCACAAGCAUGCAUCUGACCUUAAGCAUCCUACCAAAGCUUUAUGAAUUGAGCUACAAUGUGGACCACUAUCCAGGUCUGAUUAAUCAUUGGGCAGCACACAUUCAGGAUUGAUUUAAAUGGCAUCACAAACUGAAAGUUAAACUCACAUUGGAACCACAAGGCAAAGAAGAUAAAUUAUUGCCUGAACCAAACUGGUCAAUCGUGUGCUAAAAUGAAAAACAUUCCCAUUAGGAUUUUAGUAAGAUCCAGAGUCUUAAACAAUAUUCAAAGUAUCCAGAAUUCAAUCUAAAAUUACUCAGCAUACAAAGAACUCUCCAGGGAAAAGACAACCAACCCCAAGACAGAGAUGUUGGAAUUUAAAGCAAAGACUUCAAAGCAGUUAGUAUAACUAUACUGGAAGAAGAAAGAGAGGAGGCUUUUGAAACAAAUGGUAAGAUAGAAAGUUUUAUCAAAGAAAUAGAAGACCUAAGGAAAAGCCUAAUGGAAAUUUUAGAACUGCAAAGUAGGAGUAGCCAAAACAAAAUGUUCACUGGAUAGCAGAAUGGAGAUGACAAAGGAGUGACUUUGAAGAUAGUUAAUAUGUAAGUUAUAACAAACAAAAAAGAUAAAACAGAAUCUCAGAGACCUGUGGGACAAGACCAAAAGAUCUGACAUUUGUGUCAACAGAGUCCCAGAAGGUGCAGAGAAAAAGUAUGAAAUAGGAAAAUUAUUGGCAGUUCUUAUGGCUAAAAUGGUCCCAAAUUUGGCAAAAGCCAAAUACAGAUUCAAGAAGCUUGGUGAAGAGCAAACAAUAUACUCAAAUCUAUGACCAGACACAAUAAAUUGCUGAAAAUUAAAAACAAAAAUAUCCAAAGAACAUCUAGAGAAAAACAACCAAUUUCAUUUAAGGGAACAAUAACUCAGAUUACUGCAGAUUUCUCAUCAAAACUAUGGAAACCAGAGGGAACUGGAAUCACUUAAGGUGCUGAAAGAAAACUGUCAAUUCAAAAUUCUAUAUCCAAUGAAAGCGUCACUCAGAAGUUAAUGUAAAAUAAAGACAGUCUUGGGGAUGCCUGGGUGGCUCA